GCUAAUACUACCUCAAGUCCUCACUUUGUGUCGCGCCUGAACGUGCUGCCUGUACUUGUGCACAGAUAGGGACUGAAAUGCGGACAAAGCACGCGGCUCACUCGCUGCCAGCGUUUCCUGUGUAUUCGUCGGCAUUUCUGUCGCAGAACGAGCUGGUGCUCGGCGGUGGCGGAGGCCAAUCCAAGACGGGCAUCAAGAACAAGCUGCGUCUUUAUCGCAUAGAAGAUGGUAGGGCCAUCGUGUUGCUGGACGAGUUAGAGCUCGAUAAGGGUGAAGAUGCACCCAUGAGUAUGGCCGCCCAUCCUCAGGAGAAGGUGCUCGCGUGUGGUGUGAACAGCUCGGAAGAGCAUUUGCAGCGCGGAAAGAACCAGAACUGUCGUGUCUUUGCCAUCAAGGAUGACAAGCUGUCUCUAUCAAGCAGUGCAAGCACGCUUACACCGAAUGAUGUGGAGGACGACUUUCAGAAAAUAACGACCUUCUCGCCUUCCGGUGACUUACUUGCUGUGGGCGGAACGCGCGAUUUAUCGAUCCUGAGCUAUCCAUCUCUAUCUCCGUUUGUGUCCGCGUUGCACAUUGACAAGGGGGAAUUGUACGACGCGACUUUUUCCUCUACCACGCUUGUUGUGGCUACGACUGUUAAUUUGCUCGUCUACACCCUGCCUACCUCGACGGGUGGAAGCAACGAGAAUGCCUCGGGCAAGGGAAAGGAGCCAUCGACCGAGCUGGAUCUGGUUAGAAUGGUAGAACGCCCGGUUUUUCCGGGGAAAGACGCGGGAAGUAGUUUCCGUGCCGCAAGGUUCCACCCCAACAGCGAGAAGAUUCUAUACACGGUUAGCAAUACAGUCCCUCCUCGUACGCGGACGAAAUCGUCUCCGCGGAAAGCCUUUGUGUGCAAAUGGAACACGGACACUUGGGAAGUGAGUCGUGUGCGGAAAGUGGGGGACAAAGGGUUGACAUGUUUCGACGUGAGCCCGAACGGCAAAUUCCUAGCCUUUGGAUCGUCGGACUACACCGUAGGAAUACUGGACUCGCAAACAUUGGCGCCACUCCUCACCAUUCUCAAAGCACACGAUUUCCCUCCAACAACCCUCCGAUUUAACACUACCUCUACUCUUCUCAUAUCUGGGAGUGCAGAUAAUACUGUCCGGGUUGUAACGGUUCCAGAAUCUCUUGGAGUAACAUCAUGGAGCUCUUGGAUUGUGAUAAUCGUCAUCACAUUGCUCGUUCUACUACUCGCCUACCUCGCUCAACGAAUGACGUGAGAAUAGUGCCUGUAAUUCAGCCAGCGUUGCUCUCCUUCGCAUCUCAUCUGUACAUGUUCUCUAUUAGAUCAGAUGUCAUCUCAUUCGCAUAGGCUAAUACAAUACAAUACAUAACUGCGUCAGCGCAGACGCUCAUGCGAGC